GUUAUACGGGGUUCAUGUGGGAGGACACGGAUUUUUAAAUGAAAACAUAAACAACAUUACUAAAAGCAAAAGAAUCUAAAAACAAACAGACUUUUUUAUUCUUUAGUUUAAGAGUAUUGCGCCUAUUAUUUUCGAUAUCCUACAUGAGGACGACUCCCACAGGACAAAAAUGUCACAAAACUUCAACAGUAAACAUAACAUAACCCCAAAAUAUCGGAAUGAGCAUAGAUUAUUUGUAACUUUUGAAUGAAAUCAUGGAUGAACCAGAGGACCAUUGCUUAUUUUGCAAAGCAAUACUAAAACGUGAUAUAAAAAUCGACAUACAGUUUGCUACAACUGAAUUAGGCCAUGAAAAUGUUGAGGAAUUCAUCAAAAAAUCAGUGCUUGGUAUCCAUGCAAAAACGACUUUAGAAGGACAAUUUAUUUGUAAUGCAUGUUAUGACAAUUUAAACAAAUUGGAGGAUUAUUUAUUAAAAAGCAAAGAUAUUCAACAGUCCCUGCUUGAUAAAUAUCUACAUCAUCAAGUGAAUAUUAAGCAAGAAAGUUAUGAAAUUUCAAGUGAAUGCCAAGAACUGUUGGAGCCAAAAAAGGAAAGUAAUUCUACAAAAAGUAAUGAAGAAGUAUCAAAAUCGAUAGAGCCAAUAAAAAAUAACAAAGAGCAAAAGAGAAAGACAUUAAGAAGAAAAAGUUUAUCAGAUGAUAAAACUCAACCAGUUAUUCACAGGCAAAGCAGAGCAGUGAAGAGAAAAUCCAAGCCAAAAGUUAUAUCAGAGGAUGAUGAUGAUGAUACAGCAGAUGAGGCCAAUCAGGAUGAAAAACAGAAAGAACAAAAACAUUGCUGUGAGAUUUGUGGCAAGGUCACAAAUAAAGGAAAUGCUGCCAAACAUAUGAAUAUCCACACCAAAAAACAUCUCUAUGUUUGUGAAUACUGCAAUAAGAACUUUACACAGAAAGUAGAUUUAAGAAGACAUCUAAAUAUACAUAUGGGAAUAUUUCCCUAUGUUUGUGAAUUUUGUGGAAAGAAGUUUGCCCAGCAUACAUCCUACAACAUUCACAAAAAGAAUCAUCUUGGCUUGAGAGACUUUAAGUGUAUUGUUUGUGACAAAGCAAUGCUAUCAAAAUCGCAUCUCGUAAGGCACAUGAGGACGCAUACAAGUGAAAAGAAUUAUGGUUGUGACAUUUGUGGAAAAAGUUUUGCAGAGAAAUAUAAUAGAACUUCACAUAUGCGGAAAGUUCAUAUGAAAGAACCAUCGCCGUCAUCUAGAGUUCAAGAAGUGAAUUGUGAAGAUCAAACAGAGGCGUCUUGAUUUAGUACAAUUUCACAUUACUGUUGAGAAUGCCUGUUAAUUUAUGAGACUGAGAUGGACACCCUUCUUGCAUUUCAGUGCAAAAAUAUUGACUUUUUUGUUGAAAGAUAAAAAAUGAUGCUAAAUGUGCUAAA